AUGGCUCAAUUGCUCCCCGCCACCCCGGCCCUGGACGGCGACCCGGACCUCGAGCGUGAGGUCGACCUCAUCCAGAAGACCACCGAGAAGCAGCUCGCCUCGGUCCACGGCCUGCACAACUCGCUCGUCAAGAAGUUCCGCAAGUCCGAGGCCCAGUCGGCCGCCCUGCUCGCCGAGAACCACUCCCUGGAGAAGAAGAACGCCCACCUCGUCGCCCAGCUCGGCCGCGCAAACGACGACAUCCGCCACCUCUCCAUCCGCGAGGACCGCCUCAACGACGCCGAGGCCUCGCUCGCCCAGAGCAACAAGGCCGUCGUCGCCGCAGAGCUCGCCCUCAAGAAGGAGACCGCCAACCGCGACGCCGUCGCCGCAGAGAGGGACGCCCUCCACAGCGAACUCGACACCCUCAAGACCCGCCUCGACACCGUCUCCCGCGACCUCGCCGAGAAUAAGGACCUCGCCGAUAAGGAACGCGCAGACCUCAAGUCCCAGGUCGAGCAGCGCAACCUCAACCUCGCCGCCGUCACCGUCGAGCGCGAUGAGAGGGACAAGGAGAAGCUCGCCCUGGAGACCGCCGUCGCCGACAAGGAGGCCGAGCUGGCCGACCUCAACCACCGCGCUGCCGCCGUCACCGCAGACUUGGAGAAGACUAAGGCCGAGGCCGAGGCCGAAAUCGCCGCCCUCACCGCCACCCGCGAGAAGCUCACCUCCGAGAAGGACGUCGUCGAUCGCGACUUCGCCGCCCUGCAGACGGACCGCGACGCCGUCGUCCACGACAAGGACUCGCUCGCCGAGGAGAUGGCCGCCGUCACCGCCGCCAAGCUCGCCCUGCAGACCAAGGCCGACGACGCAGAGAAGGGCCUCGCCGAGACCCGCGAGUCGCUCGCCAUCCUGGAGAAGGAGCACCAGCAGGUCACGGCCCAGCUGGAGGAGAAGGCCGCCCAAGUCGCCACCCUCACCGAAUCCGUCGCCACCCUCACCAAGGAGCGCGACCAGCUCACCGUCAGCCGCGACGAGCUGCAGGCGCGCCACGACGCCGCCGCGCAGGACGUCGCCGACAUGCAAGCCGAGCUGGACUCGCGCACUGCCGCCUUCGAGAGCGACCGCGCACUGCUCGUCACAGAGAAGACCACCCUGGAGAAGGACUUCUCCGAGACGCGCGACCGCUCGCUCGCCCUGGAGAACGACAAGGCCCAGGUCGACACCCGCGUCCAAGCGCUCGAGGCAGAGGAGGCCCGCCUCAAGCAGAACGUCGACACCCUCAUUGCUGAGCGCGACGCCCUCGUCGUCGAGCACCGCAGGGAGAUGACUGAACAGCUCGCAAAGACAGAGCAGGAGAUCGAACUCAGCCACGCGGAGCUCCGCAAGGAGCUCGACGACGUCGUCGACAGGCACGCCGCCCUUCGCAGGGCUGAGAUGGAGCGCGAAGCUGCUGCUGCUGCUGCUGCUGCUUCUGCUGCCACUGCCGCCACCGCGGCGGCCGCCGCUCCCGUCACCGCGGCGGAGCCGCCCGCGACGAGGAGCCUUGGCGUGGACGAUGGAAACAUCGAUCAGGACGCCCCCGCACCGGCGGUCGUCGCGCCGGUCACGGGUGCCACCGCACUUGGCGCCACUGCCGACGACGAGAUCGACCCGUCGAUCGUCAUGCACUCCCCGGCGACGGAGGCGACGAGGGAGAUGCCUGUUGUCAAUGGCACCGCUCCGGACGCUCUCCCGGUCGUGGACGAGGCCGACGCCUUUGCCAUGGGCGAGGCUGGCGACGACGACGACGACAUUCCCGAACCCAGUGCCAUCGACCGCGCCAGGGGCCUCGAGGCACCCACGGAGAUGCCCGCGGCGCCCGUUGUCCCUACUGUCACUGAAGAGGUCGAUGUCGACCAGAGCGGCGGUGGCACCAUGGUGAUGGUGCGUGAGGAAGACGAUGAUGAUGAUGAUGAGGACGAGGAAAUUGUCGUGGAACCUCCUGUACACACGACUCUUGUGGAAGAUAUCGACGAGAGCAAGGACAUGGGACCUGGCGAGGGCAAUACCGCGGGGGUGGUGUCAGAAACUGUCGUCACUGAAGAAGUUGUUGAUGACGUCCGCGACAACGAUGACGCCGUCGAGGAAGUCGAGGACGAAGUCCCCGUCCCUGAUGCCGAAGCCGCAGAUGCUCGCAAAGAAUUCGCGGUGGGCACCGCUGUGAAGGGUGCCACAGACACUGCCACCGGGACUGCCGUUGCCGCUGGCACAGCUGCCAUUGCCACCGGCGCGACAGUUGGCAACAAGGCGGCCGAUACGGCUGCCGGGGGCACUGAUAUGGCCAAGGACGCCGCGACUGGGGUUAAGAACGCCGUAAAGUUCACCACUGACAAGGGAACAGGUGCGGCAAGUGCGACUACGAGCGCGACCAAGGAUGGGAGCACAUCCGCGGCCGACAAGGCCAAGGAUGUAGCUGGAACUAUCAAGGGCGGCGUUGAGAAAGGAGCUUCGACAGCCACUGACAGUACCAAGGAUGCCGCUACGGGUGUCAAGGAUGCCGCCACCAAGGGCGCUACUGCCGCCAAGGACGCUGGAGCUGCUGCCGCUGACAAGACGAAGAAGGCUACCGGAUUCGUGUCCAAGUUUCUGUGUUGCACAGGCGAACCAGCAACUCAAAGCUAGGACUUCAUGUUAAGGAAAUGUCGGCAUCCCCCGUCUUUUUUUUUUCGGUAGAAGGGAUACAUUCUAUCUUGUAGAGAUAUCGCUAUUCGGGGCCCGGCGGCGGGUCGUUGGAUUUCUUCCACUGCAAUUCCGUCUGGGGUCUUUGGGGUCCUCUGGUUGUCAGCGACCCCUCAACUCGUGCGUGCCAUUGUCUUGCCCACCUCGGGUUUCUUUGACGGAAAUCGCCUCUUUUUUUCCGUAGGCAGAGGUGCUGGCAAGUUUUUAGGUUUUAUGAUCAUCCAAAUAUGUUGGAAUGAAUUAGGUAAAAAGUGACGAGUCUGCUGUAGCCAGGUCUUUCGUCUAUCAAA